AUGGAUGACCACCAACUGAGCUAUGAAGAGUUAGUGGAUUAUAUAGUCAACGACAAGCCGGUUCCCAAUAUUAUGCAUGUACCAAACGUAACGCUUCCAGCGACUCUUAGUAAAGACUCGAGCAUGCGACAGCGGCCUAAACCAUGGGAAAUAGCUAACAGUGCUACGACGGCAAGUGAAACAAGACUUAAACAAAGCUCACCGGCCUUGGCAGUUCAAAAGGACGAUGUUCAUCCGUCCAAGAGUUCCGAAAGCCUUUCCAAGUACUAUUCGAUCGAAACCGAGUUUGAAGAGCAGCUUCAACGGUUUUUGGGCAACAAUGAAAGCAGCUCAAGCAGUUCAGAAAAGAAGACCUAG